UUUGUAGACCUCCACAUCUGAUAUUUGAAUCAGUUGGCAUUCGAGAGGCGCUCGUCGUGGAUCAUCAAAAACGGUGUUUAGCAACGGAAAACGAAGACGAAAUAAAAAGACUUGGGGAAAAACCGGAAAGCAUUCAAAGAAAACCAAACAAAUUCAUUGAAUUCGUAUUUGUUGUUUUGUUUUUGUAUUUUUAUUCCAUCACUUCCACCUUUAAUACAUUACCUCUGUGAACGUUAAUUUGUGCGCGGUGUAAAAGAAACUGAAGGAAAAAAAGUAAAAGUGAUUAAAAAACCAACGACGAAAAAAUCGUUAAUUUUGAAGAGGAGAACCGAAAAAAUAUAAAAAAAAAACAGAUUGAAAAGGAAAAAUCAAAAAAUAAAAAAAUAGUUAUUUGUGAAAACAUUGCUGCAUCUAAAAAUAUAAAAAAUUGAAAUUUUCUAAAUAUAGUUUGUUUUUCGUCCUCUCCUAAUCCACAAAGAGAGCCAUACACAUAUUAUUUUUGGUGGGUUAAUUAAGCCAGCGGCACCAUGGCUGAAGCCCAUCAGGCCGUUGCCUUUUCAUUUGCCAUUACCCAUGAGGGUUUUGAUAUCAACUACGAUCAGGAGGUUUUAAAUCUUAUCUGGACCUCGGGUUACAGAUCAUGGAAGAAACGCUUGGCUAGGGCCAGGAACGGCAUACGCAACGGCGUCUAUCCCGCCCACAUACACAGUCUAUGGCUAAUAACAGCCAUAGCGCUGGGCCUGCAUUUCGCCGGCUUUCAAACACCCUUUAACAUAGUCAAUCGCAUACUAGUACACUUACCUGCAAACACAAUCAAUUGGCAAGUCACGGCUUGCUUUCUAGCCUCCCUAGUUAUAUGGUUAGGAAUAUGCUUCACCAUGCGUUAUACGCUCAAACUACUGCUUAUGUACAAGGGUUGGAUGUAUGAAUCUCGAGCGCCGGGUAGCAAGACCUCACUGCGCACCAAACUAUGGGCUGGUGCAGUCAAGGUAUUCUCAAGUUGGAAUAAACCGGGUCUAUACAGUUUUCAAGGUUCAUUGCCACGUCUGACACUGCCAUCGGUGAAGGAUACAAUGCAGCGUUAUUUGCGUUCAGUACGUCCCCUAUUGGAUGAUGAGCAAUAUCAGCGAAUGGAACGAUUGGCCAACGAGUUUGAGAGCACCAUUGGCAAGAAAUUGCAAUGGUAUUUGAUUUUGAAGAGUUGGUGGUCGACAAAUUACGUUUCCGAUUGGUGGGAGGAAUAUGUUUAUCUACGCGGCCGCAGUCCCCUGAUGAUCAACAGUAAUUUCUAUGGUACCGAUGCCAUUUUCAUGGAUUUGACCCACAAUCAAGCGGCACGUGCUGCCAAUAUUUGCCAUUUGUUGUUGAACUUCAGACGUUUAAUUGAGAGACAAGAAUUGCAGCCUAUCAUGGUCCAAGGCAUUGUCCCCUUGUGCUCCUGGCAAUAUGAAAGAACCUUUAAUACCGUUCGUGCCCCUGGCCUGGAAACCGAUCGCAUUGUCCACUACAAAGAUUCCAAUCACAUUGUGGUGCUACACAAAGGCUGCUAUUACAAGGUUUUGAUUUACUACAAAGGACGCCUGCUGAGACCCUGUGAAAUUCAAAUACAAAUGGAAGAAAUCCUAAAAUCCAAGGCCACUCCUCUACCUGGUGAAGAACAUUUGGCCGCUCUUACAGCCUGGAAUCGUUCAAAAUGGGCUGAAGCUCGCAAUACAUAUUUUUCGCGUGGUGUUAAUCGGGUCUCAUUGAACACCGUUGAAUCGGCUGCAUUUGUUGUGUCAUUAGAUGAGGUGCCAUUCGAAUUCGAUUUGAAUCGUCCUGAGCUGUUGGAUAAUUUCGGUAAAACUCUGCUGCAUGGUAAUGGCUAUAAUCGCUGGUUUGACAAGAGCUUUACCGUGUGUGUGGGUACGAAUGGCCGUGUCGGUUUCAAUGCUGAACAUACGUGGGCCGAUGCUGCUGUUUGUGCACACUUGUGGGAAAAUAUGAUGAUCGACGAUCUAGUGCUCGAUGGAUAUGAUGAAAAUGGCAAUACCAAAGGUACACCUGAAUUCCAACCACCAUCGCCCACACGUCUCAACUGGCAAUUGGAGCCAUGUUUGCCACAAAUUGAAGAAGCCACCUUAGAUGCUAAUAAACUGAUUAAUGAUGUUGAUCUCCGUAUUUUGGUCCAUAAUCAAUACGGCAAGGGUUUCAUGAAGAAAUGCCGUCUCUCACCAGAUGCUUUCAUACAAAUGGCCCUGCAGUUGGCCUACUAUCGUGAUGCUGGUCGUUUCUCCUUGACAUAUGAAGCUUCAAUGACACGUCUCUUCCGUGAGGGUCGUACCGAAACUGUGAGACCCUGUACCAUUGAAUCCGCAGCCUGGGUCAAGGCAAUGGAGAACAAAAACUCCACGAUGGAAGAACGCAUUGCCCUGCUGCAAAAGGCCUGUGAACGCCAUCAAUUGGGCUAUCAGGAUGCCAUGUGCGGUCGUGGCAUUGAUCGUCAUCUCUUCUGUUUAUAUGUCGUCUCCAAAUAUCUGGAAGUCGACUCACCAUUCCUCAAUGAAGUACUCAGCGAACCAUGGCGUCUUUCAACUAGUCAAACACCCCAUGGCCAGACACCGAAAAUGGAUUUGAAAAAGCAUCCAAAUUGUAUUAGUUCUGGCGGUGGUUUUGGUCCCGUUGCAGAUGAUGGUUAUGGUGUGUCGUACAUCAUUGCCGGUGAAGAUUUGAUUUUCUUCCACAUUUCGGCGAAGAAUUCAUGUGCAACAACGGACGUUCAUCGUUUUGCAGAUAACAUUUGCAAGGCCCUAGCCGAUAUUCGAGCUAUGUUCGAGGAAAAUAUGAAAAAGAAUCCUCCACCACAAAAGAAAUCCACAGCUGCCAUUGCCAAUGGUAAUUCAACAGCUAAAUGAUGAUGAUGCUACCGAUCUGGCAGUAAUAGACAGAAGAAAAUCAUCAUCGCCAUCUGCUUCAUACUGAUUGCAACAUUGAUGGCAAAUAAUUUUCACAAUAUUACCUUGAAAAAUACGGCUUAUCAUCCAACGUCCAAGAUGAACUUGGCUGGGAAGAAGAAAAAAAAAAACUCGUCCUCAUACAAAAGUGAAAUUAAUUUGUUGGAGCAUUUGUUUUUUAAUUAAUAUUAUUAUAUAUAAAUAUUUUUUUAGCAAUAUUAGGUUAAAAUAUUAUUAAAUCGUUAUGAUUUUCAUCAAUAUGGACUAUUAUGAUUAUCAUUCUUAGCUAAGUUUUAGAGUUAUAGCCAAACAAGAAGAGAAGAAAAACAAACAAAUCAUGGCAUUACACUAAAAUGAUUGUUUCCCUCCAUUGGUAGUUGUAGUGCAAAGUGUUCUAUUUUCUUUUUCGAAAAAUCUUUUAUUUUUUCUUUUUAAUUCUUCCAUAAGAAAUCUAUCUAUCAAUGCAAUUUUUUUUUCAAUAUUUGGUUCUGUAUUACAUUAUCGUCUCAUCAUGUUUCGUUGUUUUUAGUCAAUUCCUAUUUUGUUUUCUUUACUCAUUUAUAUUAAAUUAAGCAAAAAUAGUAAUUUGUUAAAAAAUCGAAAAGUUGUAGAAAAACAAUCUUUUUUUAAAUAAAAACAAUCAACUCACUACUUUAAAUACAAAA